GGUUUCAGUUCCGGGUCGGGUUGCAGACAGGAGCUGACAGUGGGCAGGAAUGCUGCUGAUUGGUAAGACAGGGGCCAUCGUGGCCGGGGUCUUUGGAGCAGCCUUCAUCGGUUAUUGUAUAUAUUUUGACAGAAAAAGAAGAAGCGCCCCCGAUUUCAGAGCAAAGUUGCGCGAAAGAAGAAGAAAACAGAAGAAACAAGAUAAAGAAAACGAUUGUAUUGGCAAGUUACCUGAUCUGAAAGAUGUUGAAGCAGUACAGAAAUUUUUUCUUGAAGAGGUACAGUUGGGAGAAGAAUUGCUGGCAAGAGGUGAUUAUGAGAAAGGAGUUGACCAUUUAAGCAAUGCUGUAUCUGUGUGUGGUCAGCCCCAGCAAUUAUUACAGGUUCUCCAGCAGACAUUACCACACCCAGUGUUCCAAAUGCUUAUCCAAAGAUUGCCUGCUGUUAGACAGCGUUUUCUUGCAGGUAUGAAUGCACAGAAUUUGGUAGAAGAUGACGUUGAAUAAAAGGUUUACACCAUCUUCAGCUCCAAUAAAGUUUAUUCCAUCAUCAUUGUGGACUUUAACCUCAGUGAUUACUGUAGACUUAAGUUUACAAGCAAUUCAAAUGUGUACCAUUCACUUUCAAAUAAACCAGAAGCGUUGGUCCAUCAGA